UUUCACGCACGUGGGCACGUUUUUGCGGGCGGUAGCAAAACAUCCGCAUUGACGCUGGUGGUGUCUGUCAGCGAGUGAGUAGGAAGAAAACUUUUGUUUUCUGUCUUUUUUUGGACAGAAAAAUAACCCCAAGAAAAAAAAAAGCUGCAAAGGUUUCGCUUUCGGGGUCACUUUUUCCAGACCAUGCCCCACGACCCCGACCCUCCUCCGGCUAAAAGGUUCAAGCCGGGGUCCGUUUUCUUCCGUCUCGAUAGGAAUAAACCUGGAAUGCUGCUUCCUAGAAAGGGAAGUGCAGCCACUCCGAUAGAAGUGCAGAGGAAACAGCUCCCCAUCUACCAGGCGAAACCUCAGCUGCUGAACCAACUGAGGCAGCUGCACAACGCCAUUCUGAUCGGUGAGACUGGAUCUGGGAAGACCACUCAGAUCCCACAGUAUCUGUAUGAGGCCGGCAUCGGGCGACAGGGCGUCAUCGCCAUCACUCAGCCCCGCCGGGUCGCUGCCAUCUCACUGGCAGGAAGGGUGGCAGAGGAGAAGAGGACUCAGCUGGGCAAGCUGGUUGGUUACACAGUGCGUUUCGAGGACGUCACCUCGUCGGAAACGAAGCUGAAGUUCAUGACGGACGGCAUGCUGCUGCGCGAGGCCAUCGGGGACCCCUUGCUGCUGCGCUACACCGUGGUGGUGCUGGACGAAGCCCAUGAGCGCACCGUGCACACGGAUGUGCUGUUCGGCGUGGUCAAGGCCGCUCAACGCAGGCGCAGGGAACUUAACAAGAUCCCCCUGAAGGUCAUAGUGAUGUCGGCCACGAUGGAUGUGGAUUUGUUCUCGGAGUACUUCAACAAGUCACCUGUGCUGUACCUGGAGGGGCGGCAGCAUCCCAUCCAGAUCUACUACACCAAGCAGCCCCAGUCAGACUACCUGCAGGCUGCACUCGUGUCUGUUUUCCAGAUCCAUCAGGAGGCACCUCCGUCCCAUGAUAUCUUAGUCUUCAUGACGGGCCAGGAGGAGAUCGAGGCUCUGGCCAGGACUUGUCGGGACAUCUCCAAGCAUCUGCCUGACGGCUGUUGUCCCAUGCUGGUUAUACCUUUGUACGCGUCGCUGCCCCCGGCACAGCAGCUCAGGGUCUUCCAGUCGGCUCCCAAGGGUUGUAGGAAGGUUAUCCUGUCAACCAACAUCGCUGAGACGUCAGUUACAAUCUCCGGGAUAAAAUAUGUCAUAGACACAGGGAUGGUGAAGGCCAAACGUUUCAAUCCUGAUAGCGGUUUGGAGGUGCUGGCGGUGCAGCGGGUUUCUAAAGCGCAGGCGUGGCAGAGAGCGGGCCGGGCCGGCAGGGAGGAGUCCGGCUCCUGCUAUCGCCUCUACACCGAGCCGGAAUUCGACAACCUAAUCCCCAUGACUGUGCCCGAGAUCCAAAGGUGUAACUUGGCCAGUGUGAUGCUGCAGUUAAUGGCUCUGGGGAUUCCAGAUGUGAUGAAUUUUGAUUUCAUGUCGAAGCCCUCCCCAGAGGCCGUUCGUUCUGCUUUGGAGCAUUUAGAGCUGCUGGGAGCCGUGGAGAGGAAGGAGGGGCAGAUUUUCCUCACUGCACUGGGGAAGAAGAUGGCAAGCUUCCCUCUGGAGCCUAGAUAUGCCAAGACCAUCCUGUUGUCCCCUGAUUACUCCUGUUCUGAGGAGAUUCUGAGCAUUGUUUCCCUGCUGUCAGUGGACACUGUGCUGUUCAACCCUCCAGCCCGGCGAGAAGAGGUGCUCGCUGCGCGCAAGAAGUUCUCUUCCAGCGAAGGAGACCACAUGACCCUCCUCAACAUUUACAGAGCGUUCAAGAAAGUCAGUGGUAAUAAGGAGUGGUGCCGGGAGAACUUUGUCAACAGCAGGAACAUGAGUCUGGUGAAAGACGUCCAGGCGCAACUCAAGGAAAUCUGCCUUAAGAUGAAUUUAAAGCUGGAGUCAUGUGGGGCAGAAACGGGGAACGUCCGCCGCUGCCUCGCCCAUGGGAUGUUUGUCAACGCCGCGGAGCUACAGCCCGACGGCAGCUACCUGGCUCUGGACACCCACCAGCCCGUGGCCAUCCAUCCCUCCUCUGUCCUUUUCCAGGCCAAGCCGUCAUACGUGGUCUUCAACGAGCUGCUGCACACGUCCCGCUGCUACAUGAGGGACCUCUGUUUGGUGGACGCCGACUGGCUGCUGGAUGCGGCGCCGGAGUACUUUGGCCGCAAACUCCACCCCACCAAGAGCUAACCAACAGAGAAAUCGGACACUUUGCUCGAAUCACCCAGUGGCAAUAAUAUUGGAAACAAUUUAGUCUCUUUACAAAGCUGAAUUUUGGAUAAAGACACUUACUCCAAAUAAGAAGACAACAUUUUGUGUAGUAAACUUCUCUGGAUUUCACUACCUCUAAGUUGACGAGCAUCUGGCAUGUGUCACUGCAGCAGAAAUCUGCACACUGAGGCCUCACAACUUCUUUGACCUCCUGCAGACUUUAAUUGACAUUUUAUAAACAGCGUUUCUUCUGCCCGAUAGUAUUUCAUCUUUCCAUUUGGCUACAUGUUUACCAUCUGAAAGAAGAGAUUCUUGUUUUUUUUAUGUUUCAUCCGCCAGUUCUUUCAGCAUUUGUGUGCAUUAUUAACAGCACACCCUCUGAUAUGUUUUAUCUGAUUUCGCCCUCGAAGUCAAAUUAAUUUCACAUGGUCUUAAAGUUUAAUUGUUAAGAUACCUUGUUAUCAAGGUAUUUGACUGACAAUUUAACUGACUGAUGUCUGCCUGCGAGAUGUUCACCCUUUCGGAGGCUAAGGAAAGCAAUUUUCUCUUAAAGGGGCAGUAAGCGAUUUUAAAGAAAGCUCGUUUCUCUCUUUGUUGUUGAUUUGAUUUUGACGCUCUGGCUGGGCUGUGAACCCGCGACCUUGAGUAUGGGAGACAGACGCACUAACCACCAGGUCAAAGCCUCUGAGUUGCAGCGCUACUCGCUAGCAGGUAUUUUCAAGGUGUCGACGAGGUGAUGUUUACAAACUGCACUGGCAGUGUUGUGUGGUGUGGUCCGCACCAUUCUUUUGUUUUUCGAUUUACAGAGCCCGGAUCUUCUUUUGGCGCACACACAGAAGCGACAGCUUUUUACAAAACAUGUAUUGCUUUAGAAUCGCUUACUGCCCCUUUAAAUAUUCCCACUAUGUGGUUUUGGGUUUAUACAAAGUUUUAUAUAUGAGGACGCCGUCUUUGUCUUAAUCUUUCAAUUCAUGUAAUAACAAGAAACCAUGAAAAGUAUAUAGAAAACAGGGUGCUUGUGCAUGCCCCCCCUCCCAUCUACAGUACUACUGUAUCACCAUAUUCCCAAACACAUGCACGUCAGGAGAAGCAGCAUGCCUUAUUCUCCAGGUUCUACUCUUGUUGCACAGAUCCUUCACUCACACUCUGCACAGACUAACCACAGAUGUAUGCUGACAACCAGUGGAUGCAACGCAUGGAGGUUGUAGUUAACGAUCUGAUCACUCAGGUCUUUUUCGUACUUUGGAGAAUUUAAAUUUGCAACAUGAAAAAUAGGGUGGAUGCUCCUCCUGUCUCUUUUUUUUACACAGGACUCAGGAUUGUACAAUAUAUAUUCUGUAACCUCAAUAAAAUGACAAACUAUU